AUGCAGCCUACUCCGCGACGUCUCUGCAAGCCCUUGGCGGCCCUGUCCUUGCUACUCCUCGUGUUCGCUGAUGUGAGCAAGCUUCUGGGCUUCGUCGGGUCGCGAGGCGUGGGAAGUCGCCGGCCCUCGGUCGCGCGUGCGGCUGAAUACAAGCAAGUAGCUGUGGCGGGAGCCACGGGCCGGCUGGGGCGCUUCGUGGUGUCGGAAUUGCUGUCCAAGGAAGAUGAGCUCCAAGUCAUCGCGCUGACCCGCAAUGUGUCUCGAGCAGAAGAGUUUCUGCCUGUAGACAAUGACAAGUUGAAGGUCGUCACCUGGGACCCUGCAGCUGACCAGGCUGCAGCUGAACAAGCUGUAGCUGACGCCGACGUGGCGCUCUGGUGCGCCGAGGGUCGCAAGGGCAUUGUCGCGCUGGGCAAUGCUUUCAAGGCGAAGGGGCAGAGACCGAGCGGCUCCGCCCGUGUGAUCAUGUGCUCCUCAGCUGCCAUCACGCGGCCCACAUGGUCUGCCGAACAGAAAUCCCGGAUGUCCGGAGCAGCCGACAUCCCGAUUGUCAGGUUGAAUCCAGGUGGCCUGCUGGACGAGAAACGAGCAGCCGAGCAAGCCUUGCGCGACACGGGGGCUUCCUAUGCGGUGGCACGACCGACGGGCCUGAAAGACGACUGGCCGGCGGGGCGUCCGGUGGUCUCUCAGGGAGAUGUGGCUGUGGGCAGAACCUCUCGCCAAGACCUGGCCUCCAUGCUGGUGCAGCUGCUUGACGAGCCAGAGGCGACAGGGAAGACUUUCGAGGCAGCGUCCGGGCUUGUGAGCUCCCUCCCGUUGCCCAGCCGCUUAUGCCCUGUUCUUCACGAAGCCUAG